AUGCAGUCUCAUCUCACGAGACAGGUCUUCCGGGCGCUCAUCAACAACGAGCCGCUGUCUUUUUCGAGAUGCCGGCGAAACCAACUGCUGCAUAUCAUCUCCCCCGCACGAGUCCGGUCAAGCCUCGCGAGCCUUCCUCAUGUACAGCGACGAACCCUCUUCGCCUUCAAUCUGGACCCGAAAGCUGCUGCAGGGGAAGGGCAGCCCACAACCUUGGCCUCCGAAAAGGGUCUGAAGCCGAUGACCGACCUGAAGCGGUCACUGGAAGAUAAAAGCAGGGCCCCUCCGGACCAUACGCUCGCCAACGCCUUCAAGCUCUUCUUCGAGACACGAGUGGAUUCCCCCGGAGUCAUCAACUCAUUCCAGGCGCGGCUGUUGUCCAUGACAUGGAAAUACCUGAAAGCCCGGCAAGAAGAGCUAGACGAUGGCGACUGGCACAAUGUCUUCUCGGUGGACAGUCUGGAGCGAAUCCUCUUCGUGCUUUCCGAAGCCCAGUGUCUCCCCGAAUCGCGCGAGACGAUCCUGAAGAUUGCGCGCUUUGCCUACCUCGAGCUCCGUGCUGACCACGGUUUUGGUCCCAAUUCGGUUAGCCGUCCGGCUCUCCUAGUCUACAUCAAUCUUCUCUCAAUAAACGGGAACCCAGAGGAGGCCCGACAUGUCAUCAUCGACUUUGGAGGUCAGUUACGUGGGGCAAAGCCGUCUCCAUGGCUCACCGUCCUCAAAGGAUUCGCCCUGAAAGACGACCGGCGUCAGCUGCGGAAAAUCACCCAGGACUUGGAGAAAUACGGGGUCAAGUUUGACCAAGCUUCCCACGAAGAGCUUAUUGGGAUUCUCAUCGCACAAGAUCUAUUCAAAGCGGUGCAGACCAUCUACGAGUGCCCAUUGGCCGAUAACGCCGAGCCUUCUUUAGACACCAAGAAGGCUGUGAUCAACUAUGCGGUGAUGAGGUCAGAUAUUGUAUGGGCGAAGACAAUUUACCAGACCCUUUCUGAAGGUUCCAGUCCCAGUCCGGAGACUGCAGGUAUUGCUUUGCUUUUGGAAGCGGCGCAGGGUAGCAGUGCAUCCUCUCUGGCCGAAAAGGUCAAGCUAUGGACUGCGACAAACCCCCGAAUCAAGGGAAUACUCACGAUCGCAGAUGUGAACAAUCUUCUUCGGUAUGCCAAUGUGAAGGAGGACCCAAAGUUGGCCGCUGCCUUCGCCAAGCUGGCAGAGCAGUGGGGGCUUGUUCCUGAUGAGCAGACGCAUUUGUUGCAACUUGAAUCGUCCGUCCAGGCCGGUGAUGUUGAGACUACACUUCAGAUUCUUGAGAAUCAGGUGGAUCCGACUUCUCUACCCCAAGCAAAUAUCUCUCUUGCCAACAAGCUCAUCACAAUGCUUUGCUUGUCGGAAAAGAAAGACUCCUUGUUCCAACAGAUCUCGUCUCUCCUAGAUCCAUUGUUUCAAGAUGAUGUGCAGCUGGAACCGGCCACUGUUGCUGCAUUGACCAGUAUGCUUCUCUACCGCCAUGAUAACGCGGCUGUUUCCGAGCUACUUCGUCCGCGACUGGCCACCUACGAUAGCCAGGGAAAGACUCUCAUCCGCACCGCGGUCACCGACUUCAUCCUGGAUCUCAACCAGAAGGACGACGACGUAUGGGAGGUAUACGAGCUGUUCAGACUCGCGUUCCCGGAGACCGGCGUCAGCGUGCGAACCGAGCUGAUGAGUACCUUCUUCGAGCGCAAGCGCAGCGACCUCGCCGUCCUCGUCUUCGGCCACAUGCGGCAGGCAGAAGAUCUGUCUCGCCGGCCCAAGCCGGACACUUAUGCGCGGUGCUUCCAGGGUCUCGCGCGAACCAGCGACGCAACCAAUCUGGAACUCGUGCACAACAUGCUUAAGCUCGACCUCGAGGUGGAGCUCAACACGCGGAUCCUGAAUGGGCUAAUGCUGGCCUACGCCGCCUGCGACAUGCCCGAGAAGAGCAUGAAUAUCUUCCGGCAGAUCCUGCAGUCGGACGAGGGGCCCUCGACCAAGACCAUUGCGCUGUUCUUCAAGGUCUGCGAGAAGCACCACAAUGGCGUGCAGGAGGCCAUCAAGAUGUUCAAUAAAGUGAAGAAACUGGAGAUUGAGGUUGAUCGCCGGCUAUACUCAUCGUACAUUGAGGCGGUGGCUGCGCAGUGUGAGUUCGAUCUGGCGACAGAGGCUAUCAAUAACAUGCACGCCGAGAUUGGGGUGCCUCCCACGAGUACAACGAUUGGACUGUUCUAUAAUGCCAUUCCCUAUCAGUAUUGGAAGGACCAGGUGGAGGAGUGGGCUCGCGAGAAAUAUCCCGAGCUAUGGGCCCACCUGGAAAGAACCGAGCGUAGCGAGCACGAGGAAGGGCAGAAGUUUGAUGGCAUCUCGAAUGAGGUCUGGGUGUAG